AUGGCGCAAUUGCUCUCAUUUCGCGUUUAUCUCUCUGCUGAAACGCAGAAAGCUUCUCCAGAGUCGUUUAAGCACCGAACCCAAAAGACUCGCAAACCUUUUUCUUCCGGUAACAGAGGUCCCGUGGCUCCAAUACAUAAACCCCAGAAUCUGAAUUUGGAGGUUUCUCCACAUAGAGCUGUAUCUGCAGUCAGAUUGAUGAGAAUUGAGUAUGGUGGUGCGUUUGCUGAUCUUUUGAAUGAGAAAGGGAAAGGUUCUGGGAGCAAUGAGAUGAGUUAUGUAGAAAGGACAAUCGGUUUUCGGACACGCGAUUUGGAUGACCGGGAUCUUAGACUGGUUACAGAUGUUGUUGGAGGAACAAUACGGUGGAGGAGGUAUCUUGAUCAUUUGAUUGGUUCCCUUUGCCACAACGAAAGGACAUUUCGAAAUAUGGAACCUCUUCUAUUGCAGAUUCUCCGCAUUGGUUUCUAUGAGAUCUUAAAGCUUGAUAUGCCUCCAUAUGCUGUUGUAGAUGAGAACGUAAGGCUUGCAAAGGUUGCCCUUAGACCUGGUGCCGGAGAUCUUGUCAAUGGGAUUCUUCGUAAGCUAGUCUCUCUUAAGGAAAAAGAUGCCCUUCCAUUACCCAAAGUGGAAGGGGAUGAUCGUGCACAAGCACGUGCACUUGCUACGCUUCAUUCACAUCCCGUUUGGAUGGUUAGACGAUGGGUAAAGUAUCUUGGGUUAGAUGAAGCCACAAAGCUGAUGAUAUGGAACAACAACGAUCCUGGAUUUAGCUUAAGGGCCAAUAUGGGAAGGGACAUUACAAGAUCAGCCCUUGUGGAGCGUCUAAAUAGUUUAAAGGUUCCACACGAGCUGUCCUUACACUUGGAGGAGUUUGUCCGCAUCAAAACAGGCUUGCAGAGCGUCGUGCAAGCUGGUUUACUCAAAGAAGGCAUAUGUUCUGUUCAAGAUGAGAGUGCAGGACUAGUAGUCUCCGUAAUGAACCCUCAGCCGGGCGAGAGAAUAAUGGAUGCAUGUGCUGCUCCUGGAGGGAAGACCCUUUACAUGGCAUCUUGCUUGAAAGGACAAGGUAUGAUAUAUGCUAUGGAUGUGAACGAAGGACGACUAAGAAUUCUUGGGGAGACAGCCAAAUCACACCAAGUUGAUAGACUUAUCACAACCAUUCAUUCUGAUCUCCGUGUCUUUGCCGAAACCAAUGAGGUACAAUGUGAUAAAGUUUUGCUCGAUGCCCCGUGUUCUGGACUCGGCGUCCUCUCCAAGAGAGCGGAUCUGCGUUGGAACUGUAAACUUGAGGACAUGGAAGAACUCACAAAGCUGCAGGAUGAACUUCUUGAUUCGGCCUCCAAAUUAGUGAAACCUGGUGGGUUCUUGAUAUACAGUACUUGCUCUAUAGACCCUGAAGAAAAUCAAGGAAGGGUUGAAUCAUUUCUCCUUAGACAUCCUGAGUUCUCCGUAGAUCCAGUAGACAGAUUUGUACCAUCGAGUUUUGUAACGUCGCAAGGCUUCUUUUUAUCGAAUCCAGUGAAACACUCAUUGGAUGGAGCAUUUGCAGCCCGUCUGGUUCGAGUCUUAUGA